GCUCGAGCGUAAAAGAGCAUUGCAUGAGAAUAUUUAGAAUUUCAGUCGAACAGAAAUAGUCUAUGGAAAUUGUUGUUAUUAAGAAAUAAAUGAAAAAGUAGUGUUGUUUUGAUUCAGGAUAUCGAAAAUGAAAUGUUUUCAAUCAAAUUUGUGACAUAAUUCUAGUAAGGUAAAAUGCUAAUAAAGUAAAUUAUGCUAUCUCCUUUUUGUUAGCUUGAUAUACAAGUUCAUAUUUUUUAAUGGACCUUUUCCCAAUCAUGGAUAUAGAAUCGAUAUACAACCUUAGCUACAUAGAUAUGGCUAAAGCCAUAAUUGAUCGCUUUAAUGAACUUCUACGAUUUAGUGAACGCUUAUUUCCAUUCCAUAAUGAAGAUACUCCACUUCUAUUUGCUAUCCGAAGGAACACCGGCAACUUAGACGAAAUACGAAAACUUUUAUCGAGAGGCGCUGACAUAAAUGUUGUAAACGAAGACGGAAGAACUGUUUUACAUGAAGCUGUUAUGAACGCUUAUUGUAAUCUCGGCGUGGUGAAGUUGGUGCUGGAAAAUGAACCUGCUCUAAUAAAUCGCUGUGAUAAACUUAAGAAAACAGCUUUACAUAUGGCUAUGAUGUUUGAGAGCUACGAAGCUGUUGUUUUAGAACUUAUAAAUCGUGGGGCUGAUUUAAACGCUGAGGAUUUAUUCAAAGAAACUCCACUACAUAUUGCAGCCAAUUUUCGACAUGAUUUAUACAAAGUUCUUUUAGAUAGAGGUGCGUUGAUCGAUGCGAGGAAUUGCUAUGGGCGGACUCCAUUACAUUGUGCAUUAAUGAGACAAGCUCCUCAUUUAAAUGUUCCAUUAAUCCUUGCAUUGUUGUCUCAUGGAGCUGAUGUGAACGCAAUAGAUAUUGGUCAUAAUUCUAUUUUGCAUUAUGCCGUGCGAAAUCCACAAGUGAAAAAAGAAAUAAUUCAGAUGUUUUUAGAGCUGGGAGCUGUUCCGGAUCAUCGAGAUCUGAAAAAAAUGCCACCUUUAGGCUAUUGCAAAAAUAAAAAUAUAUCUAAGUUGCUUAUACAGUAUUCUGUUCUUCAAAAUUUAAAAAUUGGUGCAAAUAACGAAAUUAUUCAACCAGAUAAAGUACUCAAUCUUAAUUUUUUCACAAAUAAGUUCGACCGUAUGCAUUGGGCUCGAUAUCGAGGCUUGUGUCUUAAGGACAUUGCUUGCAUGAUGGAUGAUAAGGUCAGCUCGGAUUGUACUUUCUUUGAUUAUAUAUUUAAGAGGUAUAAUAAAAAAGAUGUAAAUCUUGAAAAUACUUGCGAAGGGAUUCCCGAUAUGGUACUGGUGCGAUUCUAUAAUGAUGCUUACCCGUUUUGUAACGACGUCAUUUAUGCUGCGAUUAAACUUGGUGAAUUGCUAAACAAACUCUACUAUCAACCAAUUUAUGUCAUGUCUGAAAAUGGGCCAAAGGAAAAAAUUAUUUUUUUAAACUUGCAUUGUAUUGAACAUUUGGCGAAGUAUUUAUCAAAAUUGGAUUUGAUUAAUCUUGUAUUGGCGUAUUCUCUUCAGGAUUUGUAUGAUUUUAAAGAACCAAAAUUAGAAAUAGUAUUUAAGAGACCUAGACCAGAAAAUAAAGAUUGUGAUGUUGAUGAUAGCAUUUCGCAUAUUGUUUGCAAAAAACUGAAGGUUGUAAUUGAUGAUAACCGCAACUAUGAAACAGGACUGCCAUUUUUAUAAUAUAAAAAAUUUAACAGAAAAUGAUUUAAUUUGUACCCCAUUCUGUAUAAUUGCUGUUGUUUAUUUUUGAAUGUUGUAUAAUAAAACUAUUUUAUUCUUUUUUUAUGUAAAAUCAAAUAACGUUUUACUUUCUAAGCCAUAUUUAUAUUCUUAGCUUUAAUAUUUAUUUUUGAAUAGUUUUUGUUUGAAUUUUUUUUUAUUAUGCUAGUUAUAUUUUUAAAAAUAUAUUCUAGUAGUUUCUUGUUUCUUUCUUAAUCGUUUAGUAAAACAUUUUAUUAUGAUUAAUUUAGAAAUUUUUAAGAUAAAGCAAUAAAUUAUAUUUUUCGUAUUUAUGUAAUGUGGUUAUUUCAUGUAAUAGUUCUCUUAGCAAAUAAUGUACUUUGCUUGACGUUUGAUACUGUUGGCAAUCUCUUUUUGCAUUCCCAAAAAUUUAUUGCCUUCCUUUUCUGUGAAUUGUUGUUACAGGGUGCACAAUAAAUGUGUAUUUCAAUAACUAAACAACAAAAAAAUUGAAGAAUUUAAUCAAGAAUGAAUGAAAAAUAAAUUUCUCUUUUAGUUUUUUUGGAAUAAUUUUUGAAAAGUAUUAAUUAUAAGCCACCUAUAAAAUGUAAAAUUUAACUUUGUAUUGUAUAAGACAUAAAAAUAAAAACAUUUUUUGAUAUAAUUUAAAUUAAACUUGUAUUUUAUAUUUCCAAUAAACGUAUAUAAUAGAAAUAUGUUAUUUUCUUAUACAUCAAGUUUAUAAUUUGCAGAAAAAGAGAAGUAAAUGUUAAAAAUGCUGUAUGCAAUUGUAUGAUUUCUUUUUAAUUUGGUUGUUUUGGGUCAUUCUUGUGUAAAUUUUAGCAAAGCCAUGCCAAACAAUAAAUUGUGCCUUUUUUUAUCAUACAUUUUUUAUUUUUUCAAUUUUGUUUAAUAAAACUUUAUGUCUAUA